AUGAAGAUUGAGAAUUGUCUUGUUAGCGAAGAUGUAUUGCUUUCGAUAUGCAGAGGGUACGUUAGGGUUCAUAGGCCGUUUCAUUCUUUGAGGGUUUUUCACAAGACGAAGGAUUUUGAUUGUGAUCCUACCCACAAGGAACAUGAGAGAAUUGGUUUUCCUCCUACCGUUGCUUCUCUCAAUGUUUUGAUCAAAGCCCUCUGUAGAAAUGAGAAGACGGUGGAUGUUGGUGUUAAGAUAUUCCUUGAAAUGCCUAAACGAGGGUGUGAUCCGGAUUGCUACACAUAUGGAACCUUGAUUAGUGGGUUUUUUCGGUUCGGGAGGAUAGAUGAGGCCAAGUUGUUUGAAGAGAUGGUUGAGAAACACUGUUCACUAACUGUUGUUACAUAUAACUCUAUGAUCCACGGUUUGUGUGAGGCAAAAAAUGUUGGGGAAGCAAUGAGAUAUCUAGAAGAGAUGAAGAGUAAAGACAUCGAGCCGAAUGUUUUCACUUACAGUUUUUAA